AUGGCCCUCACCCCGUCGCAGAUUGACAUUGUCAAGUCCACCGCCGUCGUGCUCAAGGACCACGGCGAGACCAUUACGCGCAUCUUCUACGCCAACAUGCUCGCCGCCCACCCGGAGCUCAAGAACCUCUUCUCGCUGCGCAACCAGGCCACGGGCGCGCAGCAGGCCGCCCUCGGCGCCUCGGUCCUCGCCUACGCCAGCUACAUUGACGACCUCCCGCGCCUGACCCAUGCCGUCGAGCGCAUCGCCCACAAGCACGCCUCGCUCUUUGUCCGCCCCGAGCAGUACGCCAUUGUCGGCGAGCACCUCGUCGGCGCCUUUGCCCAGGUCCUCGGCGACGCCCUCACCCCCGACGUCGCCGACGCCUGGAAGGCCGCCUACGCACAGCUCGCCGCCGUCUUCAUCGCCCGCGAGGCCCAGCUGCACGCCACCCCCGGCGCCUGGCACGAUUGGCGCGACUUCACCAUUGUCCGCAAGGAGGACGUCUCCGACGGCGUCGUCAGCUUCUACCUCGCCCCCGCCGACCACGCACCCCUGCCCGCGUUCCUCCCCGGCCAGUACGUCAGCCUGCAGAUCCCCAUCCCGGAGCUCGCCGGCCUGCUGCAGAGCCGCCAGUACAGCCUGAGCGCCGCCCCCGGCGAACCCGGCGCGUACCGCGUCACCGUCAAGCUCGAGCCCGAGACCGCCGGCGCCGACCCGGCCGACGUCAAGUCGCUCGCCGCCGGCAGCAUCGCCGGCAUCGUCGGUAACCGCCUGCACGCGCGGUACCGCGUCGGCGACACGGUCCAGCUGAGCGCGCCCCACGGCGAGUUCGUCUUCGACGCGAGCAAGAUGGCGCCUGACGCGCACAUCGUCCUGCUCUCGGCCGGCGUCGGUGCCACGCCUUUGCUAUCCAUGCUCGACGCCAUCCAGGCCAACCCGGCGCCGGUCGGCGCCACCCCGCGCCCCGUGACCUGGGCCCACGCCGCCCGCCACGCCAAUGCCGUCUGCUACGGCCAGCACGUCCGCCAGGCCGCCGCCGACGCCAACGCUGACGUCACAGCCAAGGUCUUCCUUAGCAACGUCGGCGACACCGAUAGGGAGGGCGUCGACUAUGACUACAAGGGUCGCUUCGACGUCGCCAAGCUCGUGGCCGACAAGAUCCUGCCGCUCGAGAAGCCCGAAGCCGAGUACUUCCUCUGCGGCCCCAAAGACUGGAUGAUCCAAGUCAGAGACGACUUAAAGGCCAACAGUGUAAACGAGGACAAGAUUCACCUCGAGCUGUUUUCCACGGGCGACGUUUAA